AUGGCCUCUGCCUCCGAUAAAGCAGAUCGUCCCGCGAAAGACCCCGCGCCCAAGGGAAAAUCCCGCAAAACCGACCCGAACGCUCCGGUCCGAAAACGCCGCAAGAGAACGGUGGUCAGCGGAGCCCCCGACGACUGCUUCGCCUGCUCCAAGCGAGGAGCGCGGUGUGACCGGCGCCGACCAUAUUGCUCCCAAUGCCUCGACCUAGGCCGCGAUUGUUCCGGAUACAAGACGACGUUGACAUGGGGAGUUGGAGUCGCAAGUCGAGGGAAACUCCGGGGCCAGAAGCUUCCGGUGAUGGAGUCGGAAGAGAAAUUGACGGGGGAUUCUGCGAAAUCACAACCAAAGGCCUCAAGCAGCAGCGGCCCGUCUUCUUCACGGGUACCCGCUAAUGCUGCGGCCCCGAUGCCUCCGUCCACCGGCCCUACAAUGACAUCGUUUGGUGGCAGCACGCCGAGUGUGAAACUGGAAGAUAGUCCGCCCAUGAUGCCAGCUGCCUUUGAAAUGCCUUCAAACAUGGCUUGGACCAUGGACAUGCCAGAUCCCCAAACGUGGUCGAGCACGCUUGCCUCCCCGCCUGCGAUUUCAGGGCUUCCGUUACCCAGUCGGCCAUUGAUUCCAAAUAAUACGAGCCAGAGUAUGACCCCGGAGUCGCCAUUGCUAUAUGCUCCCAUUCCGAGCCCGACGACUAAUUCGGGAUCUCUGGUUUCGCCUACUGCAGUCCCGUUCUCAUCUUGGGCUGUUAGUCCCCCAGCGUCACAAAACGCGGAUGAGGAGGAUGUCCAACACGAUCCUAAUUACCAUAUGCUUUGGAACGCCGCCCAUUCUCCAUCACUCUCUCAGCUCCUAUUGGCACGAUCUGUGGGGCGGACCCCGCGUAUUCGUUAUCUCAUCAGUUACUACGCCGAAGUUAUUGCCCCUAUGAUUGUUGCCUUUGAUACCCCGACAAAUCCGUUCCGAACUCACGUUAUACGCUUGGCGAUGGAGAGUGAGGCUCUGCAGGAGGCGAUUGCCACGUUGGCUACGAGCAACUUGCGCCAGAGGCGAGAGCACAAUCACCUCUCUACGGAACGAACUUUGCCGGCACGUAUGUCAUCAAUGGCUCACCGCGCCCUCACCGACGAAGAUUUCCACGAUCGAUAUGGUAUCUCAAUGGUGGAAGGGUAUAGGAGAGAAGAAAAUCAUCAUCGAGGGAUGGCUGUCAAGGCUCUAAAUGCUGAUUUGGCCGACCCUCGUCGCAGAUUGUCAGACUCUGUAUUGGCAACUUUGUUAAUUCUCUGUCUUUUCCACAGCUGUGAUACCGGCGUUGCCGGAUUCCGUGCACAGUUUGCUGGAGUAACAAGACUACUUGCGAUCCGAAUGCGCCAUUCCCGUGUUAUAACGGACGACCUCAAAUGGUUCAUCCGCAUGUUCUCGUGGUUUGAUACAUUGACGGCAACUACAAAUGACCGUGAUGUGCAACUCCGUGGAACAUGUUUGGAGAUCAGCUCCCUAACCGAUGGAGAAUGGGGGCUGGAGAACUUGGCCGGCUGUGAUGGUCGUCUGUUCAAGCUGAUUUCUCAGCUGGGACGUUUAAAUCUUCUGAGUCAGGACCAAGAGCCCAAUCUAUCGCGCCCAAGUGACGCUGCUAUGUCCACCACGUCACUCCCUCCUAAUAUGCUGUUCCCAGGAUGGGAAACAGUGCCCAACACUGGAAUGGGCUCCGCGCCGGAAUACGGAUUCUCUCUUCCCACGCCGCCGCAAAGCAGUGACUCAUGCCGUCGUCCUUCCUCUCCAGAAUUCUGGACAGAGUGGUAUUCGCUCAGGCAGCGACUCGAAUCCUGGCGAUUUGAUCCACCUGCUCAGGCCGCUUUUCCCUCUCCGCCCUUAUCUGCAUCUACAAUGACCUGGAACUCUACUACCUAUGUGACGCCACGGAAUUCCUCGUCAGGAUACCAAGUGGCACCCGAGAAUCUCCAGGACGUCUACCAGAUCUCGGAGUGUUUCCGUCAUGCUGCCCUUCUCUACUGCGAACGCCUAGCCGAGCCGACCCUUCCAUCGUCUCAUGGCCGUAUCCAGCACCUUGUCCAGCUCGCCAUGCACUGCAUCAUUACCGUAAAAUCAGAUGUAUAUCUUCUCUGGCCACUAUUCAUUGUGGGUUCGGAGUGUGUCCAGGACGAUCACCGUUCGAUCAUCCGCAAUCGCUGCGAGGAUAUCUCCAAGGACUCUGGCUUCAUCAACAACCUUUCCUGUCUAGAGCUUCUGGAACGGAUCUGGGCUGAAAAUUCUGAGGGAUCCUCAUUCCCAAUUUAUCCUAGCGGGUUCGGUCCCCCGCCUCCGCUGGCUGGCGGCAGGGCACCAUCAUCGCAGGCCUUCCGUUGGUCCCGAGUUAUGCAGGCCAAGCGGGGCGACGGCGAGUAUAUGGUUGCAUAG